CCGCUUUCGACUAUAGGCAACAGGCAUACGCUCAUACUGUAUUCUCGCGACAUACAGCGCGGCUAAGAAGGUACUCCAAGCACUUCUCCAAGGAGUAGGGAGUCUUGGGCUGAACGGGAUGCCCAUUGCGAUACACCCUUAAAUCAAGAACGUCGAUGGUCAUGGCUUCCAAGGGACUCUCUCUGCUUACCUGGGUGUUCUUCAUUCAUCUCGCCGGCAUCUACCUGUACACUCGUGGCUUCUUGCUUACUCGUCUCGCCCUCUCUGACGUCAACCGAUGCGAAGAUGGCACAUGUACGCUGACACCAACCCACAAAAAGGCGGUCGUACUCGUCAUCGACGCGUUACGGUUCGAUUUCCUCAGCCCACACCCGCCAGAGCCUCAUUCGCCGUACCACCACAAUGUCAUCUCGCUGCCGCAGGAGCUAAGUGCUUCGCGGCCUACACACUCCUUCCUCUUCGAGAUGUUCUCCGACCCGCCUACCACCACCCUUCAACGGCUGAAGGGAAUCACCACAGGCUCUCUGCCCACUUUCAUCGACAUGGGGUCAAACUUUGGCGGCUCCUCGAUCAACGAGGACUCGUUCAUUGGCCAAAUGCGGCAUGCUGGAAAGAAGAUCGCUUUCAUGGGUGACGACACGUGGACGACCGUCUUUCCGGACUCGUUCGAUGCGAACAUGACGCACGCGUACGACUCCUUCAACGUGGAGGAUCUGCACACGGUUGACGAAGGUGUCAUCAAGCACCUCUUCCCACUUCUUAAAGACAAGACGGCGUCGUGGGACUUGCUCAUAGGCCAUUUCCUCGGGGUCGACCACGUCGGCCAUCGUGUAGGACCGGACCAUCCUACCAUGAGGACAAAGCAGCAACAAAUGGACGACGUCCUCCGUCUUGUCGUUGACCUACUAGACGAUGACACGCUUCUUGUUCUGCUUGGCGACCACGGAAUGGACCGGAAAGGAGACCACGGAGGCGAUGGCGACCACGAGACGUCAGCGGCGCUAUGGGUCUACAGCAAGGGUCCCCAGCUGCUGCACCCGAAGGCCGCCAUACCCCCGCACCUCCUCACCACCCGCUUCUUCCCGGGCGCGACGGUAGCCAAUCGACACAUUCAGCAAAUCGACCUCGCGCCUACCCUCUCCCUCUUGCUUGGUCUGCCUAUCCCGUUCAACAACCUUGGGACGGUCAUCCCGGAGCUGUUCUGGCACGACAAGGCUGGCAAGGACUACACCCGCGCUCUCUCCCUGAACGCCCAGCAGGUCAAGCAGUACCUUCAAACCUACCGCGACAGUGCCUCUGGCGGUGAGCUCGAUGGUGCAUGGGGCGACCUGGAGGGUGUAUGGCAGACGGUCAACUCCGAUGCGAACGUGAAAAACCAGGACGCUCAGUGGCUCGCGAUGACAAAGUACACGCGCGAGGCCCUUGCAGUAUGCCGCGCGCUAUGGGCCCAGUUCAACGUAUCGCUCAUGACACUCGGUCUCGUACUGCUCGUUACGGGUACGCUCGCAGCGGCAUUCCUCUACGCUCGGCUCGGCACGGUGCAGGACCAAUGGGAGACCUGGCAGGCCGGGGUUCGGCCGUGGUACGUUUCUGGCGUACUCACAGGCGCGAUGCUUGGUUUUCUCGCGUACAUCACCGUCUCGCGCUACGUGAAAGGGCUCGGGCUCUUCGAGGCGCUGCUCUUCGGCUCGGCUCUCACGUCCUCACUCACCAUACUUGCCUCGACGCGUCCGUCGCUCUCGGGGCUUUCCCCGCGCUCACUGACGUCCCUUCCGCUCCCUCUCAUCCUCCACGCCCUCGCCUUCGCGUCCAACUCGUUCACCGUAUGGGAAGACCACGUCGUGACGUUCCUGCUCAUCACGUCCAUCGUGCCUUCCGCUCUCGCCGGGUUCUCCGCACCGACCUCGCGCUUGCGCUACCGCAUCCUUGGCUUCUCUGCCUUGUUCGCAGCGUGUGUGCGCUUGAUGGCGAUGAGCACCGUGUGCAGGGAGGAACAGCAGCCCUAUUGCCACGUAACCUUCUUCGCUUCCUCUUCUCUCCCUUCCCCGCCGCUUCCAGUGCUUGUGCUCUCGGUCCCCGUCGCGCUCGCGCUUCCCUGGAUCCUCAAACGGUUCUUGAAGACAUCGCAGUCCGACAAGGGCACCGCCGCGGUCGUGCUACCGUGGAUCCUCCCCGGGACAUUGCUUCUGGGCAGCGCGUACUGGGUGCUCGAGCACCUCGACUCUUCUGAGGCCUUUGGACCGGAGUGGGCGGGUACACUGCGUUUCGUCCGCACGCUCUGUGCGCGAUCCGCGUUCGGCGGCGUCGUCUUCUUCGGCUACGCGCUGUGGUGGCUCGCGCCGCUCUGCCUUAAAAUUUCUGCAGAGACAAGAGCGGGCACGCAGGACAAGAAGCAGGUCACUGUGCUGGGGUUCGCGAACGCCUACGGCGCGCCAUACCUCCUCUUCUGGUGUCUAUUCCUGGGCGUGCUCUACCCCGCGACGCAAUUGUCGGGCCAGAUCGUCCUCGCGCUCGCGGCCGUCGCGAUCCUCGCACACCUCGAAGUCAUCGACAGCAUUCGGGACGUGCGCAGCCUCGAGGCGGUCUUCGCGUCGGGCAACCCGUCCGCGAUCCUCGAGCCCGACGCGCUAAACGUGCCGAGCAUCCCGCUGCGGUUCUCCGAGCUCACGCCGCUCGCGCUCCUCGCCGUGCACGCGUUCUUCGCUACCGGGCACCAGGCCGCGAUUCCCUCCAUCCAAUGGAAGGCGGCGUUCGUGCUGACGCGGACGCUCACGUACCCGUUCUCGCCACUACUCGUCAUCCUCAAUUCCUUCGGGCCGCACUUCCUCAUCGCUCUCGCGGCGCCGCUGCUCGCGCUGUGGAACGUCGCGCCGCUGCCGCAGCCUGCAGCCGACGUGAAGGCGCGGGCGAACGUCGUGCGGGCGGCGCUGGGAAUGAUGUUGUACCACGCGACGCUGCUGGUGAGCAGCGCGGUGUGCUCGGCGUGGCUCCGGCGGCACCUGAUGGUGUGGAAGAUCUUCGCGCCGCGGUUCAUGCUGUCCGCGCUCACGGUCGUCGUGGUCGACGUCGCGGUGCUGCUUGGCGUGGGCGUGGGCGUCGGGCGGGUGUCGGGGCGGGUAUCGAAGAUGUUCGCGGCGAUGAAUUCGAAGUAGGGCAAGAAGACGCAAUCUGUGAUAGGACAUCUCGAUGAGAUUGCCUCGUAUGCACUAGCUAGAGAUGGUAGUUUGGUGCUAGGCAC